AUGUUUCGUUUAGGUGCAAAACAAAUUGCUAGAGCGGCAGCUCCACAAGCGAGGUAUGUUAAUUAACUACAAUAGGAAUCACCAAAAUUUGUUACUAACUGGGUUUUCAGAAAUUAUGCUACUUUAAGAGAAAUUGAAAUGAGAUUAAAAUCAAUUAAAAAUAUUGAAAAAAUUACAAAUACUAUGAAAAUUGUUGCUUCAACCAGAUUAAAUAAAGCUCAAAGAGCUAUGCAAGCUUCAAGAGUUUUUAAUGAAAGUGAAGCUGAAUUUAACAAAAAUGCUGAUCCUGCAAAAACUGAAGAAUUAAAAGAAGAAGGUGCUGAAGCAGCCACUACUCCAGAAGAUAAAACUUUAUUAAUUGUUGUUUCUUCAGAUAAAGGUUUAUGUGGUUCAAUUCAUUCACAAAUUUCAAAAUCUGCAAGAAAAAGAGCUCAAGCUUUAAAUGGUAAUGUUGAUAUUGUUGCAAUUGGUGAUAAAGUUAAAGCUCAAUUGACAAGAACUCAUGGUGAUAACGUUAAAUUAGCUUUUAAUGGUGUUGGUAAAGAAGCUCCAAAUUUUACUGAAGUUGCUUUAAUUGUUGACGAAAUUUCAAAAUUAGGUAAAUAUGAAAAUGUUGAAAUUUUAUAUAAUAAAUUUGUUUCUGGUGUUUCAUUUGAACCAUCUACUUUUUCAAUUUUUACUUCAGAUGCAAUUGCAAAUGCUCCUGGUAUUAAUAAAUAUGAAUUAGAAAAUGAAGAAAUUACAAAAGAUUUAUCUGAAUUUUCAUUAGCAAAUAAUUUAUUAACUGCAAUGGCUGAAGGUUAUGCUUCCGAAAUUUCUGCAAGAAGAAAUGCUAUGGAUAAUGCAUCUAAAAAUGCUGGUGAUAUGAUCAAUAGUUAUUCAAUUUUAUAUAAUAGAACAAGACAAGCUGUUAUUACUAAUGAAUUAGUCGAUAUUAUUACUGGUGCUUCAUCAUUAGAUUAA